CCAGAGAAAAUAAAGGGGGAAGAAAAAACUUUGUAACAGAUACUUAACGCAAACUGGAGAAAAAGCAUCGCCUUCUCUGUAUCUAAUCCUAUUUAUCCACAAGACUCGGUCUCAUAUUCAUAUAAUCAAAAAAGCAUACGUCUAUAAAAACUUAUUUUGCAACUAUUAAAAAAACUAAAGAGAUGGCUUACUUGAAACUUGGUUCCAAAUCCGAAGUCUUUCAUCUAAGUGGUCACACAUGGAUUUGCUCAACUGGUCUUAAACCCGAUGUGGUGAUCCAAGUACAAGACCAAACCUUCCACCUCCACAAGUUUCCGUUGCUGUCGAGAAGCGGAUAUCUUGAAGCUCUCUUCAGCAAAGCCUCCGAGACGACGUCGUCCCAUGCCCAGCUCCACGACAUCCCCGGCGGACCAGACACGUUCCUCCUCGUGGCAAACUUCUGCUACGGCGUGAGAAUCGAGGUCACGGCCGAAAACGUCGUGAGCCUCAGAUGCGCGGCGGAGUAUCUCCAGAUGAGCGAGAACUACGGAAACGCGAACCUCGUCUACCUCACCGAGAGUUUCCUCAACGACGACGUGUUGACUAACUGGGAAGAUUCCAUCAGAGCCUUGGAGAGUUGCUGCUGCGAGAGAAAGCUCCUCCUCCUACCUAUCGCCGAAGAGCUCGGCAUUGUGUCUAGGUGCGUUUCUUCUCUAGCCGUUAAGGCUUCUUACGCUGCGGAGGAGGAGACGAGUUUAUUCAACUGGCCGAUUUCAUCGGAAGUAACUGUCUGGAACGGUAUACGACAAAGUAAGUCCACGAGUGGUAGUAACUGGUGGUUCAACGACGUCUCAUCGUUCCUAGACUUUCCAAUUUACAAAAGGUUUAUUCAAACCGUUGCAUCGAGAGGCGUGAAAGCUGACGUAAUAGCAGCGUCUGUCACGCAUUACGCGAAACGGAACCUUCCUUUACUCGGUUGUUCUAGGCACGUUGCUUCUUCGUCUCCAGAGGAAGGUAGUAUUAGUAGUAGUAGCUACGUUGAUGACGUUUACUACACUCAUGACGAUCAGCGAAGUCUGCUCGAAGAGAUCGUGGAGCUGCUUCCUAGCGAGAGACGCGUCGCUUCGACGAGGUUCUUGCUCAGGCUUCUCAGGACAUCGAUGGUUCUUCACGCGAGUGCGGUCACUCGAGAUAAUCUCGAGAGGAAGAUCGGUGUGCAGCUAGACGAAGCUGCUCUCGAGGAUCUGUUGAUACCGAACGUGGGAUACUCGGCUGAGACGCUCUAUGAUAUCGACUCUGUUCAGAGGAUUCUUGAUCAUUUCGUGUUAACAUUUGAUUCUUGCGGUAACGUAGAGGAGAAGCGACUGAUAGGAGAUUCUGAUCAUCCUCUUAGGUCUAUCAGAAAGGUUGCUGGGCUGAUAGAUGGAUACUUAGCAGAGGUGGGAUCUGAUGAGAACUUGAAAGUGUCCAAGUUUCGAGCUCUUGGUGCUUUAAUCCCUGAAGAUGUUAGGCCAAUGGAUGAUGGUAUCUACCGUGCUAUUGAUAUAUACAUCAAGGCACAUCCAUGGCUGACAGAAUAUGAGAGAGAGCAACUGUGUCUGCUUAUGAAUUGUCAGAAACUCUCGUUGGAGGCAUGCACACACGCAGCACAAAACGAGCGUCUACCUGUACGAGUCAUAGUACAAGUCUUGUUCUUUGAACAGAUGCGGCUUCGGACAUCUAUAGCAGAACUGGUGCUAGACACAGACAGCAGCAACGACGAAGACACAAACGGCAUGAACCCAGCAUUAGGCGAAGGACGCAACAAGAUUAAUAAAGGAAAUGGCAAGAUGGGGAUAAAGGAGAUGAAGGAACGUGUUUGCGAGCUUGAGAAAGAAUGUAUGAGCAUGAAACAAGAUCUUGGCAAGCUUGUCAAGCCUAAAGAAGAACGCAACUUUUUUUCCAAGAUAUUUGGAUUGAAGUGUAAGACUAAGACUUCACCAUGCGGUGGAAGGGGUAAAGGAGGAGAGGAAGACGCUCUAUUGAUGAUCCGUGAAACCAAAAACUGAUAGGGAAGAAGAGUAACAACUAUAAUAACGAGUGUUAUAUGGGAUCUUUACACACUUAUUUGGUUCCUUUUGUUCUUGAAUUUUAUGUUUUUUUCUUUGCGUUGGAAAAUAUCUUAUAUUUCUUCA